CCCAAACUAAGCGAUUCCUGUGCUCUCUAUAUGCAUUUUGGUUGAACCAUAUCCAACCAAUCAUAAGAUAUCAGAUCAGAUUCAUCUUCAACACUUUCCCAAUCACAUCCCGUUGGUUUACUGCAUGCACAUGAAUUUCACUUCCCUAUACUUGUGAAUUACUUUAGUUCAGAGAAGCACAGAUGUCACUCUGGUUAUUAGCCUAACGCUCAUUACUCAAGACUUUAUUGCAUCAUACUUAAAGGGUGUUUGUGUGAUUUGGGAGAGAUCAUUUUCAGUGUACUCUUUAACCAACAUGUGAGAAAGAUAGCAGAAAACAGUGUCAGCCUUUCUCAAUGUACUUUGACCUUGUAACGGUGCAGUGGUUGGUGCAAAUGUAAGGAACGAAUGAAAAACAACAGUAUCUGUUGAUGCUGAAAAUGCUUAGUCGCAGAUUUUUAUUUUGCGCAAUGUGCACACUCCCUGAAACUUCUCGGUUUUAUGACAUCACCAGUUUAAUGUGUCAGUGUUUGAACAUUUCAUAUGCACUGCUACUUCUCUGUUUUUCUCUCUGAAAACACACAAACGUAAUCCAACUGUCUCCAGUCUACUUGUAUUUAUAACUAUGAAUAUUAAGGCUUUAUGGUAUUUGAUAUGUAAUUACACAUUCUCUCUCACCACGUUGUGAUUAUGGGCCAAAAUAUGAUACUUAGUGUGCCUCUUUUACAAUAUAACCCAUAACUUAUUAGGAUCAAUUUGUCGUUGAUUUUGGAUUUCUGGACCAUAUUAUAUAAUAUAAAAAUUCUAUAUACUUAUUCUCUUGAUAUUUCCACAAAGUCCCUAGCCAGAAAGUGAAAGAGCUCUGUUUUGUUUUCAUCCACUCUCAGGAAGCCUUUACAGUUGGUUAGUAUGCAUGCAAUAUGCUUGAAAUUGAAUUUUGCAUCUUCUCAGAAACUGUGAUUUCUUCAUAAUACUUCUCACAAUGUCACUGAAUUCACCAUUAACUAGUGUUCACCUGAACAGUUUAUGAUGUUGUAUAUGGUAUCAUUGUAAUCCUAGACCAUCAAAACAUAGCGGUAGACAUCACCUUUUCUGUAUUAUCAUGUUUGGUUCACUAGAUGUGAUGCAAAAUGUUAAUUUGGUUGUCGCGAAAAGUUAAAUGGCCGCCACGAGGCGUUUUGGCAAUCGCUCCAUUUCUGAAAAUGUUAAGUGCCCCAAGCUGUACAAGUGUACCAAGUGUGAACAUCAUUUUCACAUAUCACCUAGACUAUAAGGCAAAUACUAUAUUUCUUAUUCUUUUAAGCCUUUUAACCUCUUGGUGCUGGACUAGGAUUUACUGUUUGCUUCUGCUUAUUCAAUGCACACUUCAAGAUCAUAAAAAGUUGCUGAUCCCUGAUCUGUUUGAUGGCCGAAAUGAGCCUUAUCUACAUACAAGGGCAAAGACAAGUCUGUUGUAAAUCAUCAAUGAACAACAGCAUGUACCAUGAUAAGAUGUGCCCAUAAAUAUCAUUGUGUGUUGCACAUCAAAUCAUAUUCAUUCAUCAACACAUCUUAUUCGGCUCCUUGUCUUCUUCUGAGUUCAUGAAGUUAAGGUAUGUGGUUCUAGUUGAAUAAUGAUGCUUUUAAAUACACAGUUUUUGAUGGUUAUUUAAUUUCUGUCUGCUUAAUGUGCACUGACAGUAAAAGUAUAAUAGUACAAUGUUUAUUCCUUCAGUGUAAUUAUAUUAUUGACUCUCUUGUCUGUCUCAACCAGAACAAUGAAACACAGUUCAGUUCUGCUUUUGCUGCUCCUUCUGGGGACGUGCUCUGCUUACACCUAUCAAAAUGUGGCCUUGCGUGGAAAAGCGUCCCAGUCAGAACGUCUUGCAGACUUGUAUGGAUUUGCCUACAAUGCUAUUGAUGGAAAUCGUGAAUCCAACUACGUGGCUGGAUCAUGCACCGCCACUGUUGAACAGACCAACCCAUGGUGGAGAGUGGACCUGCUGGAGUCCUACAUCGUCACCUCCAUCAUCAUCACCAACAGAGGAGACUGCUGUGCAGAAAGACUCGACGGGGCAGAGGUUCACAUCGGAAACUCUUUACAGGACAAUGGUGCCGCAAACCCAGUGGUUGGUGUAAUUCCUCAUAUCCCAGCAGGCAGGUCUUUAAAAAUUAUUUCCACCAGACUUGUGGAGGGACGUUAUGUGACUGUGGUUCUGCCUGGCUUAAAACGAAUCCUUACCCUCUGCGAAGUGGAAGUCUACGGGUACCGUGCCCCAACUGGAGAGAACCUGGCACUCCGAGGAAAAGCUGCACAGUCUUCACUGCAUGGUACAGGCAUUGCAUAUUUUGCUAUAGAUGGGAAUCGUGCUGGCUACUGGAGCCAGGGUUCUUGUACUCACACAAAGGCCGACUUCAACCCCUGGUGGCGACUGGAUCUUGGCAAAACCCAUAAAGUGUUUUCUGUCAACAUAACCAACACUGUAGAUUCUGUCCCACAACGACUUAAUGGAGCUGAGAUCCGAAUUGGAGAUUCUCUUGAAAACAAUGGCAACAACAAUCCCAGGUGUGCCGUGAUCUCAAGCAUCCCUGGAGGUUUUACCGAAACCUUCCAGUGUAACGGGAUGGACGGUCGCUAUGUUAACAUCGUCAUUCCUGGAAGAAGCGAGUACCUGACCCUGUGUGAGGUGGAGGUGUACGGCUCCAGACUGGAUUAGGUCUGAGAAGAUUCAAGAUUCAUAACAACAUUUUACAUUGGAGAUGUUCAGCUGAUGCUCUUGUACAGACUCCUGUUGGAAUAUAAUAUUAAUAACUAUGUUUUCUUUAGUGUAUAAUCAUCUUAUACUAUGAAUCGUGUUUUUGCUACCUUAGAAUGAGUAGUUUAUAUCUACAUAGGGAGCGGGUCUUCUUCACAGAGCUGGCUGCCAUGUUUCUACAGUAGCCCAGAACGGACAAACCAAACACUGGCUCCAGAUUGGGCUAUCGACUGGAUGCGUUAAAGUAUCCUGGUCUCAAAGAGGAUAUAGACUUCACGUUUGUCGUAAAAAAAGAAAGAAUCUCUGUAUAGACUUUCCUGUGUUUCUCACUGCCUAUGUUAAAACCUAUAUAUGGGUACCUUUCUUCCAUUUAUGAUGUAUUAAAAAAAUGUCUGUGUAAUUUCAUCUUAUGUUAUUUCAUGUUUUCAUUAUUUUCAAUGUGUUUAACAUGUCAUGUUAUUUUCCGUGUCAUGUGAUUGCCU